GGGGCCGAGGGGCAGAGGUAAACCAGUGGCAGACAGCAGGCACACAGAGGAAGAUUACGACGUUCAAUUGCCGCGCCACCGCGGCUCAUCUAAAGCUACUACCAUUCCGACCGCCGCGCUGCCCAAUCAGACGAAGCAGGAAUGGUUCCUAAUCAGAAGAUAGAUACUCAAUAUGAAGCCUUGAUCAUUUCAACAGAUGCUGCCAAGAAUCAGGACCAUUUAACUGCUUUCCUGAGGUCACUCUUGAAGUCAAUGAUUAGUCAUGUUGAUGGUGGGGCUUUCAUUAAGCAAAUUGAUGUGUUCCAUGCCAAUAAUGAUCCAAUAGGUAAAUUUCAUCAAGCUCAUGCUCUUAAGUUUUUAUACAUCUAUUAGGGUGUUAUGUAUGAUUGACCUUAUGGCCUUACCAUGCAAGAUCUGCAAACCAUAUCCCAAAAAGUUGAUUCAGGGCAAUAUUAUGUCACUGUUGAAAUGUUUGUAUCUGAUGUGAAGAGGAUGGUUGCUAAUGCACGCGCUUUACAUGGUCCCGAUUCAAUGCAUCAUCGUUGUGCAGAUAGGCAUGAUCAUGGGGGGGGGUGUUUCUUUGUGUUGGUAGUUGGUGUUUAUUGGCUUAUUGCAAAUAAGCCGUUUUUUACUUAUAAGUUGCUUAAAAUUAAAUGUUUUUUCGCGGAAAUAAAAUGAAUUAAAUGAUAUAUAAGUUAUUUGGGGAUAUUCAUAAAGGGUGAGAGAUAUUUUGUAAAUAAUCUAGUCAAAACAGAGAAACAAAAAAACUGACUUAAAAAUAAGUAAGUAAGACCUAUUUAUAAGUAGUUUUUAAGUACGGAAGAACACGUCAUCACUCAUAAGUUAAAAACAACUUAUAAAAAGUUUUGACCAGCUUAUAAGUACAGAGAAAUACCAACUUUAUGUGUUAAUUGUUUUUCUUUCAUCAGCAUUAUCAAUCAGCAUUAUCAACUAGAAUGAUAUUGCGAUAAUCCUAUUUAUUGCUUUUGUGUGUUUUGUUUACUAACUGUUCUGUUCAUUUGUAGGUUUGAAAAGUUUUUUGACAUAAAACUGAAUUGUGAGUAUAUUAUGUGGGGUCCUUGAGUUCUUCCCAAAAGUACCCAUCCUCAAGUGAUUUCUCCAUACAAUCUUUUCAUUAUUGAUUAUUCAUUCAGAAUUGCACGUAAAGUGUGGAUCCAUUUGUAAUAAAGGAUCAUUAACUAAAUAAGUAGUUGUAGUACGGAGUUAUUAAUAACAUUCCACUUUGCUU